CCGGCGGGGAGGCGGAGCCGGAGCCGGGCGGGUUGUGCGCGGCCCGGCCGCUUCCUGGUCACCUGAGGAGCAGGCAGGAGCCCGCUGAGGCGGCAGUGGGGGUCCGGCGGCUCCGGGGCUGGCUGCCGCCAUGGCCUCGCUCUUCAAGAAGAAGACUGUGGACGAUAUAAUAAAGGAGCAAAAUCGAGAGUUAAGAGGUACACAAAGGGCUAUAACCAGAGAUAGAGCAGCACUCGAAAAACAGGAAAAACAACUGGAACUGGAAAUAAAGAAAAUGGCUAAGACUGGUAACAAAGAAGCCUGUAAAGUUCUAGCAAAACAACUUGUGCAACUGCGGAAGCAGAAAAAUCGAACAUACGCUGUCAGCUCUAAAGUCACUUCUAUGUCGACUCAAACGAAGGUGAUGAACUCUCAGAUGAAGAUGGCAGGAGCUAUGUCAACUACAGCAAAAACAAUGCAAGCAGUCAAUAAGAAAAUGGAUCCACAAAAGACACUACAAACUAUGCAGAAUUUCCAGAAGGAGAACAUGAAGAUGGAAAUGACUGAAGAAAUGAUUAAUGAUACUCUGGAUGACAUUUUUGAUGCUUCUGAUGAAGAGGAGGAAAGCCAAGAUAUUGUUAACCAAGUGCUUGAUGAGAUUGGAAUUGAAAUCUCUGGAAAGAUGGCCAAAGCUCCGUCAGCUGCCAGAGGCUUACCAUCUGCAUCAACGUCAAAAGCUGCUACCAUAUCAGAUGAAGAGAUUGAACGACAGCUCAAAGCUUUGGGGGUCGAUUAGCUUGAUAGCAAUAUACAGUCUGCCUUCUAAUUACUCAACUGCAGACAGCUGUAAAAAGUGCAAAUACUCUUUCAAUGCAAUUGACGUCUCGGAAAACUCUGAAGCUUCAGAAAUGACAGCUUGAAGUUGGUACUGGGGGAAGGAGAAGGGGAGAAUAUUUUGAAUCAGUGUACAGUUGGGGUGCCCGUUGCAUGGAGUCUGUUUGAGCCCAGGCCCAACCGGGGAUGUAGCUCUAAUGAUAAAUUCACUUAUACCUGAUCUGAGUCUGUCCUCUGAAUUCAAAGUUUACUUCUAUCUUGGUUCCCGAUCUAUCUUUAGCGUUGGCUGUUCUGUGGCUGGUGGUGGUGCCUCCUAGGACAGCACCUAUAUAAUAUAUAUAAUUUUUUAUAAAACUAUAACUAUAGAAAAAUGCUUAGUCUGUCAUCUUAGCACAAGUGAAACUUCACCUUUGCUCUUAGUUGGAAACUCUUUUUUUUCUUUUGAUGAGAAAUAGCCUUGAAAGUUGAGCAAGUUUAGGCAGAAAGAAAAAGUAUUUUAUGUAUUUUUUUCAAGUUUCUGUAGUUACUCCGGGUUGAGUAAAUAAUGGCUGGUUAUUCUUUUUACCGAAAGGGAAGGAUACGGUCCUUGUGCAGUUAAUUUUAUGGGAAGAGGAUUUAAAUUUGUUAGUGAACUUUGUUGCAUGAAAGGCACCAAUUGAACUCUAUUGUACUGUAGCAUAGCUGUUUUCAACAGAAUUGCUGUGCCUUUAUGUAUAUAAAUCUUGUACCUUUGUGAUUAUUAUUUUUUUUCAGAAUGAGUCUUUGAAAGGUGAGUAAACCUGUAAUUAUGAUGGUUUCACAAAACACUAUGGUGAGACCUCUGUGUACACUUGAUGGGACUCAACGCUGAAGUUCAGAAAUGCACUUGUUCAGUAAAUGCAACUUGCGCACUUGCAAAAAGGACAUUUGCCUGAAACAACAUUUGUAUAUAUUUUACAGUAUUUCUUAAUGGAAGAUAACUGUGCAUAAUUGUAUUGUUUACUAAGAUGCAAUUGAUCACAUUGAUAAGCUAAAUCUAAAUUUUAGUUUUGAGAACAAUUUUGGAUGAUACAUGAUGAUUACUUCUCUAAACACUAUAAUAAAAGUGUUCUGGUUCUGUGAA